AUGCCAACAAAUGCUAUUAAUCAAGAUGAUCAACUUAUUGUUUCACCUCGCCAGAGGAAGAAUCCAGUUUUGAGGUUCAUUAAAAAUGUUUCUUAUAUUGAAGGGGAUAUAGCUUCCGAUUUUAUGAUUUCUAAGGAUAUUGGUGUUUUGUUUCUGUCGUUAAAAUACCAUAGAGUUAAUACAAAAUAUAUUACUAAUAGACUCGAAUCCUUAGUUCCAUUCAGAUUGAGGAAUUUGUUUCUUUUGUGCCAAGUAGAUGUUAAUGAUUACGACAAAUUACUUCUUGGAUUGCUGACGUCGACAUUUGGAUAUGGGUGUAAAAUAUUGCUUAGUUGGAGCGCCCGUGAAAGCGCGGCUGUUAUUGAGAUUUUAAAACUGAACCGUUACAAGGGUAUAGAAUCUCUGAACAAAAAACAAAUAAAAACACACAACGAAUCAGUAAGUAACCUGUUGUUGAAUGUUAAAAGUGUUAAUAACACCGAUGUAAAUCUAAUCUGUGAAAAGUUUAAUUCAUUGAGGGAAAUAUUACACUUUAAUCCGGAUACAAUUCAAGACAUAAAAGGUAGUUUCAAUUAA